GCAAUUGCCCAGAAGGGUAAUUACUAUGGUCGACUUCAAGCCGGCACUCUUGGUCGUUUAGUUGGCAAUUUGAAGCGUUCAAGACCGGACAUACGUGUGGAAGUGAUAUUGACUGUGAAGCUCGGUAGUUGAACAGUUUAAGGAAAACUCAAAAACAAAUAAAGCGAUCAAUGAAAGUGCGAGUGAGGAGUUUAAAAGCUUCGACAAUAUAGACGAAAAACGCAGAUUGACGAUAAAAAAGUUAAAUUUCUAGGGUUUCCUGCAGUCUAGAACAGAAAUGAAAGAUCUAGAAAUCUAACGUAAUUUUGUUCUAGAAGCCUAUGUUAAAUACGAGAAAGUGAUUAUAAAACAAUACAUUCUUGAGAACAUGAAGUCGUUGUUAUUUACUAUUUUUCUGCUUCAUUGCCUACUAGACACGAUCAACUCGGCAGAGAAUUCCUCCGCUGUUUUCACGAAAUUCCUUGCAAAUGUUAACCAGAAUCUAGCCACACUUUACAAUCGUGAAGUGCUCGCCAAUUGGCAACUGGAGGUAAAAGGCCCAAAUGAUCUGUACGCUCUAUUGCAGUCAGAGUUGACCAGCGAAGAGAUAAUGAAUUAUGUGGAAAGCAUAGCACCGAAUUGCGCCAAGUUCAAGCGCUUAAAUAUUGGCAAUCCUCAACAGCAACGCCAAUUAUCGCAGAUACCCGAAAGAGGUUACGAAGCAUUGUCCCCAGCGGAUCUCAAAUUGAUGUACAUUGUUACCAAAAAUAUGGGUGAUAUUUAUAAGAAUACGAAGCUUUGCUCUUUUCAUGAUCGCAAGCAAUGUAAUUUAACCUUAAUACCAGCGGUUCAGAAUAUUUUGCAUAAUAGUAAUGAUGUUGCUGAAAUUGAGUAUUACUGGUUGGAAUGGCGUCGAAAGACUGGUAUGCCAGCGAAGCAAGAUUUUGUGUCGUUUAUUGAGUUGUACAGGAAGACAGCGCAGUUGAAUGGUUUCUCUAAACCAUCCGAAUUCUGGUACAAAGACCUUGAAGAGAAUAGCGCACAAACUGCUUCACUAUUGGAAAGUUUCAUGCAACGCUUGCGACCGCUUUUCCAGGAACUUCAUGCUCAUGUCCGAGGACAAUUGAGAAAGUUAUACGGUGAGGAGUUGAUACCUCGCGGUAAACCAUAUCCACAGAACCUCGCAGAGAUUUUCAUAGGAAAUGCAUUUCGUCGAGCUGAUCCUGAAUGGUACAUAGAAUUCCCUUACCCUGAUGUCGGAAUGCCAAACAUUACUGCUGGCCUGUUGCGACGUGGUUUGAAUAAUGCACAGCGUGUAUUCUGGAAUGUGGCGGAGUACUUUCGCUCUAUGGGCAUGCCACAAAUCGAAGACACUUUUUGGUCCCAUAAUGCACGUCCUAAAGCCGAUUUGGAUGAAGAGGAUAUGCGUUGUUGGCAUAAAGCCUGGAAGUUUUAUGGUAUCGAACGUGUUAACUUCUCAUAUUGUCCUUUAGUAGAUGAAGAAAGAUUCUUCAAUAUGUAUGAAGCGCUAACUGAUGUAUAUUACUAUCGUGCUUAUGAUCAACAGCCUACACUCUUUGCCGAAGAACCCUUUCCCAAUUUCAGCGAUGCCUUGGGGAAAAUGUUUUCCUUGUCAGCUUCGUCCCCACGUUAUCUGGAAAAGCUAAAACUCUUAGAACGUGGUCUGGUGUCUAAAGAACUUAGAAUUAAUCGACUCUAUUGGCAGAGCCUACGCACAAUAUUUUUGAUUCCCGUAUUCUAUGUUUUGGACCGCUAUCGAGUGGAUGUACUUGAUGAACGCUUAAAUAUUUCCAAUAAUUGUGCCUAUUGGCAGCUGACAACCGACUUAACGGGUGCAGAGCCACCUGUGAGUAGAAGCUAUGAAGAUUUUGAUGCACCAGCAAAGUUAUUGAUAGAAGUGGACGAUCAAUAUACUAGUCAAAUAAUGAGCACAGUGCUGCAAUAUCAGCUCUACCAGCAUUUUUGUGAAAUCACAGGACAAUAUAAACCAAAUGACGAAAAUUAUCCACUCGAUUUAUGUGAUUUAUCAAAUCAACGCCAAAUCGGACCUAUAGUGAUGGAAGCAAUGUCCUUGGGCUCAUCGAAAUCAUACAAGGAUAUUCUUCAAAUAAUGACAAAGGAGUCAUCGAUAAACAUGGAUGGGCUGCUGGCUUAUUUUCAACCUCUCUACGAUUGGUUGGUAGAGAAAAAUCGUUUAGAUGAUGUGGAAAUAGGCUGGGAGUCAUCAACGAAGUGUUCUUAAGAAAGUGGUGCUCAAAAAUUUAUUUAAAAAUCAAGGAAUUUUUUUUGUGGUAUGGAAUUAAGAAAUAUAUUAUUAUUAUAUUAUAAGUCUAUUAUCUAUUAUUAGAAAAAGGACAAACGGUUUUUUUUUAUAAUUCAAUAUUGCAAGUUCAUAAUAUAAUUCAUAAUGUAUUUGACGGACUUUGGAAGAAGUUUUCAAGUUGCUUCCAUCCUCUUAAGCGGGGAUGGGCUCAAUUAUAACAGUAUUUUACUAUACCUAAAUGCAAUUAUGCAGGUAUAUGAAUAAUAAAUCAAUUAAAUAUGCUGUUGCAUAAAGUAAGAAUGAAAGUAAUAAAUUAUAAUAUAUUAACUGACUCACCC